GGCGCGGGUGGCCUUUCCCCCCCCCCUCCUCAAUCCGCCUGCGAGAUACGAAACUUUGGGGUGCAGGGGGUGAGAGUUAAAGCUCUCAGAGCUGCCUUCUUCGGCGAUCCCGGUGCUCGGAGGUCCCAGCGAAGCCCCCGCUGUCGCGACAGCUCCUAAGCAUCGCCGCGCCCUGCAUCUCCGGAGCCGCUCUGAGCCCACCAUGAAAGCCAUCAGCCCGGUGCGCUCCGUGCGGAGCUGCUACGAAGCCGUUUGCUGCCUCUCGGAGCAGAGUUUGGCCAUCGCCCGGGGCAGCCACAACAAGAGCCCGGCCUUGGAAGAGCCCAUGAACUUGCUCUACGAUAUGAACGACUGCUAUUCCAAACUGCGGGAGCUGGUGCCGGGCAUCCCUCAGGGCACCAAGGUGAGCCAGGUGGAGAUCCUGCAGCACGUCAUAGACUACAUCUUCGACCUCCAGAUCGUGCUGGAGGAGGGCUCCAAGGGCCGCGACCCCUCCUCAGAGGCCACCCUACUCUCCCUUAAGGCGGCUGAACUCGCCUCAGAACUCCGCACCAAAGACGAGAGAAGUUUGUGUCACUAACGCCACCUCCACCAGCAAACAGGCAGCGAGUGUCGGUUCCUGGUUCGUUAUCAGCCGGAGGUAAAUAGCAGCUUCCUCCGUGGCGCCGGGCUGUCUGCGACCUACCGGCCCCGCCAUCGCCUCCCCCGGGCCCGGGCACUGCGAGUGGGGAGCGGCUGGUUCCGGCCCCCCCCCGGCCUUCCUCCGCCACCAUCCCACCCACGGAGCUCAGCAUCCCAGCUUUUGGAUCCCCCCCACCUCAGCUCACACCAGAUUAUUUUUUAAUGAUAGACUGAUGAUGAAGAGGAGGUUGUCUGUAUAUUUUUGGAUUAUGGCACAGCGAGUCCUUUUUUUUUUUUUUUAAAGGUGUUUAAUGGGAU